AUGGUGGUUUUUUGGGAUAAGUAUGUGCGUGCAAGUGGUGGGUAUAAGGAGAAGAUGAUUUGGUGUGCUGCGAUUUCCCUGGAAAUACGCAGCAGUGAAGAAGUUUGGGGAAAGGUCGAGUGGUUUGAUGCCGUGCUUAAAGUACCCAAGUCUUACAAAUUCGUGUAUGCUAUUGCUGCUACCAUUUGA